AAAAGGGAACUCAAAAGAAAAAUCCUUCAAAUUCUCCUACUUAAAGUAGUCAGUCUUCCCACGGUUUCUUUACCACUCAAUAUAAGUUGACUCUGCCACUCAUAUAAUCUUAAAUCUCUCCCCUUUAAAUUUCCUUCUCAACUCUUCACCCAUUGCUCUUCUAUACUAUAGAAAAUAUAAUCUUUCUUUCUAUUCUUUUCCCUUUUAACGAAGAGAUGACGUGCCAAAGCUUUGUAUUGACCCAAAAAAAGAACGUUUUGUUCCUAAGAAGCUUCACAAUUAUGGUGUCAGUUUGGGUAAUAACCAAACCAAACCUUUGUUUCUCUAGUGUGCUUUCCUCAUUGAAGGCUCUUGAUCUACAAGGCCAUAUCACUUUCGAAAACAAUGAAUUUGCAUCCCAGGAUUUUGGGAACCAAAUUCAUGCCCACCCUUUAGCAGUAGUCCAUCCGAAAUCCGUUGCUGAUAUUUCAGAGAUAGUAAGACAUGUCUGGCAAAUGGGACCGGGAUCAGAACUGUCCGUGGCUGCACGAGGCCACGGUCAUUCCCUUCUAGGCCAGGCGCAAGCGCGAGGAGGAGUUAUAAUCAACAUGGAGUCACUGCAGCAAGGUCAAGAAAUGCAAGUCUACAGGGGGCAAUUCCCUUAUGUAGAUGUGUCAGCUGGUGAAUUGUGGAUAAACAUACUGCAUGAGACAUUGAAAUAUGGACUAGCACCAAAAUCUUGGACUGAUUACCUCCAUCUUACUGUUGGAGGUACUUUGUCUAAUGCUGGCAUCAGUGGACAGGCAUUUCGUCACGGCCCUCAAAUCAGUAAUGUCCGCCAGCUGGAGGUUGUUACAGGAAAAGGAGAAGUCCUGAUUUGUUCACAAGAACAGAAUGCUGACCUCUUUCAUGCUGUUCUAGGAGGACUUGGUCAGUUUGGCAUAAUAACUAGGGCAAGAAUCUCUCUUGAACGAGCCCCGAAAAUGGUGAAAUGGAUAAGAGUGUUGUACUCUGAUUUCUUCACAUUUGCUAGAGACCAAGAGCAUUUGAUAGCUGCAGCAAAAACAUUUGAUUACAUAGAAGGGUUGGUGAUUAAGAACAAAACAGGUUUAAUAAAUAACUGGAGAACAUCUUUUGACCCUCAAGAUCCUGUUCAAGCCAGCCACUUUGUAUCAGAUGGAAGAACACUCUAUUGCCUUGAACUAACCAAAAAUAUAUACCCCGAAAAGGCCGAUACAGUAAACCAGGAAAUUGAGGACUUACUAUCCCAAUUAAGUUAUAUUCCAUCAACAUUAUUUAUGUCAGAAGUUACAUAUAUAGAGUUUUUGGACAGAGUUCAUGCAUCAGAGCUAAAACUUCGAUCGAAAGGACUAUGGGAUCUUCCUCAUCCAUGGCUCAACCUUCUAGUCCCUAAAAGCAAAAUACAACACUUUGCUAAUGAAGUUUUUGGCAACAUCCUGAGUGAUACCAACAGUGGCCCUGUUCUUGUCUAUCCAAUUCAUAAAUCAAAGGUGGACAAUAGAACUUCAUUUGUUUGUCCAGAUGAAGAUAUUAUCUAUCUUGUGGCCUUUUUAUCCCAUGCAAAUCCCUCAUCAAAUGGAGCUGACAGUUUAAGACAUGCUUUAACUCAGAACAAAAGAAUUUUAGACUUCUGUGGAGUUUCACACCUUGGAGUCAAACAAUAUUUGCCUCAUUACACAACACAGGAACAAUGGAGGACCCACUUUGGUCCACAAUGGGAAGUUUUUGUGCAGAGGAAAUCUGCUUAUGACCCCUUAGCUAUGCUUGCUCCUGGCCAGAGAAUCUUCCAAAAAGCAGUAUCAGUUUCAUAACACAUACUGUUAUUCUACGUUAGAUAAAGAUUCAAAGAAGGAUAGAUUUGCAGCACCAUUGAAUAGAAAAUGAAUACUUGGUUGAAGCCAAUGUAAAUGUGAAUAGCUAUUAACUUCAUGUAUUUCUUAUGCCUUCUUUGCAUUUAGAGAAGGCUAGCUCCAGUAGCUCUUCAAGAUAUAUAGAUUAUUAGGCAACAAAAGUAAUGUAUCAGGAUGCAAAGGAAAAAAUAUUGACUCAAGUAUGGAUCUUUAACUAA